AUGCACAAUCAUCUCGGCAGUUAUGAGUGCAAGCUCUGUUUGACACUGCACAACAAUGAGGGGAAUUACUUGGCCCAUACACAGGGGAAGCAGCACCAGACGAACUUGGCCAAGGGAGCUGCUCGCAAGGCCAAGGAAGCACCAGCUCAGCCUCAGCCUCACAAGCGGAAAGUCACUCUUCGAAAAUUAGGAUUCCUAAUGCCAACCCCCAUAUUGCAAAUACUAAACAAUUUGAGAAUGGUGGCGUAUGUCACUUCGACAAUGCUUCUCGACAAAGCAGUGACAAAAAUUCUACAGGUCAAUUUACAAGAUACAUAG